UUAACUUUAUGGUCGGAUGAUAAAUCCAAAUUCCAAACUGGCUUAUCUCAGUGUAGUUAAAACUAGUGAGAAUACGUUAAACCGAAUAGGUACUUAAUUAUUUUUAACCGAUUAUGUCUAUUAUAGGCAUUGAAAAUCGUUUAAUAUUAAUUUACUAAUUUCGAUCAAUUUCCAAUCUAGUCAAACAGCCUGUUUAAAAAAACCGUGGUUUUGACAUACCUAGGUACUCUAACUAAUUUACUAAUGACUAGGCAGCAUGGCCUUUGACCUUAGCCUGUUCCAGAAAGAACGAAUUGAAAAAAACAUCUCUAAAGUAAUCUGUGCCCUCGUGUUACAUGGCGGGAACCGUGAACCGCAAACCAGACAUUCUCGCCAAGCCUUCAUGGGACAUACCAGGACCUCUUUCGCCACCUGCAGAUUUUCAAACGCCAUCAUCUUCUCAGCAGUCAAAUAGUGAAAUAUUCGCUAAGCCACAAAAUGUUCUCAAGAAAAAGCGACCACUUAAACGACCAUUAGUACCUCAACAUAUUGAGAAGUCUAUUGAAACACUUAAUAGUAUCAAGGACCAAGUACUGUGUCAUAAAGAAAUAGAAGAUGAAUUCUCCCUUUUCGCAAAAAAUAUUGCCAGUCAGCUCCGACAAUUGCCCCUGGUGGAUGCUCUAGAUGUUCAGUCUGAAAUAUUACAAAUAGUAAAACAGAAAAGAAUAAAUCGAAUGCAAUCGGAAAACAAUUCUACUACAUCGGAUGAAUAUUAUACAAUGGUAAUACCAGAAGAUUUAUUCGACAAUCUUGAAUCUCAGAUGCAUAUUCAACGUGACGAAACAAGGCAAGAAUCAUCACAACUUGUUGUAGAAAAUGUUGCAUUACAAGAGGAAGGCAUCGAAGUUCAGAUCCAACGUGACGCAACAAGGCAAGAAUCAUCACAACUUGUUGUAGAAAAUGAUGUAUUACAAGAGGAAGGCAUCGAAGUUCAGAUCCAACGUGACGAUGUUGUAGCAGAUGAUCCAUUACUAGAAGCAAUUCGAAGCAUUGUCAAAAAGAUGCCCAUUACUUGGGCAAGAGAGUACUCUUUGCUCUUCAUCGAUAAUCCAGUCGGCGCCGGCUUCAGCUUUUCCGAACACAACACUUAUGUUACAAACGAGGAUGAGGUAUAA